CGCCAGAUGGGAACUAUCCCGUUCGUCUGGAGUACAUAAAUGGGACCGUGAGAGAAGAGAGAAGAUGGAGAAUCGAGCUCACAUCGCCACCCUUUUGUUGUUGGUCUGCUCGCAGUGGUCGUCGGUGGAUGGCCAGUGCGGCGGGACCUUCACGGAGCCCACGGGAAGCUUCGAGUCCCCGAAUUACCCGGAUAAUUACAACGAUUCCAUAACCUGCGAGUAUCGAAUCGAUGUGGGAUCGGAAUACUGGGUCGAACUCACGUUCGUCGACUUCGACCUCGAAUGGAGCUACGACUUCCCUUGCCCUCUCGACAACGUCCUGAUCGUCAGAUACGGUUCCGAAGGGACCGAGAUGUACUCUGGACAUCUGGGAACCGUCGGACCGAUUCACGAGCCGGGCGGUCAGCUGGAUGUCAUAUUCAAGACGGACGGCUCCAUCAACAGCAGAGGUUUCCUUGCGGAGUAUCGGUCCUACCAGUCGGGAUGCGAUGAAGGCUGGCUGGAGUACGAGCGAGCCUGCUAUUUCUUCAUGGACGAGCCGAAGACGCCACUCGAAGCGCAACGGGAAUGCGAGGAGUUAGAGGCGGACCUCGUCAGCAUUCACAGCGAUGGAGAGAAGAAUUUCAUCGACGCCUUCUUUGCGGACGGAUCCGCUCACAUCCGGGUGGAUCGGCGGGCCGGGAGCGAUUCGCCCGGCUCUUCCGAGCUUCCUCGAGCCUGCAUGAGAUCGAUGCUGAGAACUGCUCCGGCGAAGAUUCCGGAUUUUGAGACCAUCGGCAGCGAUUCUGUUUGAAUCGGGACGAAUGAAUAAAGACGACAAGGAAGAAUGGGAGCUCGUGUUUUAUUCGCUUUUCGAUCCUCGCGUCUCGAUGCAAAGGGUCGACAGGAAACGAGAUGAGAAAUGGC